GUCGCUCCGAGAGCCCCGCGGCGAGCGCACGCGUGCGCGAGUGAAGUGUGUCGAGUGUGCGAGUGGCCUUCGCUGUGUGUGUGUGCGUGCGGGCCGGGAGCGCGGACGCAGCGAGUCGCGUGGCGGCGGCAUGCGGCAGGCGCGCGCGCCGCGGCGCCCCGCGCUGCGCUGACCCGAUGCCGGGAGUGCCGAGAGAGCGGCGCGCGCCGCUGCUGCUCGCCCUCGCCCUCGCCUGCCUGCUGCGCUGCGCGGCGGGGGCGGGCGUGUUCGAGCUGCAGAUCCUCGAGUUUUCAAACUACCGCCUAGAGCUGGCGUCGGGCGCGUGCUGCGGCGGCGGGGGCGGCGGCGGGGGCGGGGGCGCGCGGGGGGCGGGCGCGUGCGCGCAGCCGUGCCGCACGCGCUUCGCGCUGUGCCUGAAGGAGUACCAGUCGGCGGCCGCGCCCGGCGCCUGCUCCUUCGGCCGCGCCGCCUCGCCCGUGCUCGGGACCGACUCCUUCACGCUGGCCGAGCCGCUCUACACGUUGGCGCUUAAUUUCUCCUUUCGCUGGACGAGGUCAUUUACAUUGAUUCUACAAGCUUACGAUGACAGUGAAUACACGGAUCCUGAGGCGGGGCUGAUCGAGGAGGCGUGGUGGUCGGGCAUCGUGGAGCCGGGCGCGGAGUGGCACGCGCUGCGGCACGCGGGCGCGGCGGCGGCGCUGGCCUACCGCGUGCGCGUGCUGUGCCUGCCCAACUACUACAACGCCACCUGCACCACCUUCUGCCGCCCGCGCGACGACAAGUUCGGCCACUACGCCUGCUCCGCCGCCGGCGACAAGCAGUGCCUGCCCGGCUGGCAGGGCGACAACUGCGAGAAGCCUGUAUGUAAAGAAGGCUGUCAUCCAAUUCACGGCCGCUGCGAUAACCCUGGUGAAUGCGUUUGUCGACCGGGUUGGCGAGGAGACUUGUGUGCGCAGUGUCAGCCGUAUCCCGGCUGCAAGCAUGGGUUUUGUAACGGCUCUCCCUGGGACUGCACCUGCGACACCAACUGGGGAGGCAUACUUUGCGAUCAAGACUUAAACUACUGCGGGACACACGAACCUUGCCAACACGGAGGAACUUGCGAGAACACAGCCCCCGACCAGUACCUUUGUACGUGCGCUGAAGGUUUUUCUGGAGUGGAUUGCGAGCGAGUGGAUAACCCGUGCGCGCCGCAGCCGUGCGCACACGGCACGUGCUCGCUGUCGAGCGCGCCGCGCGGCUUCGCGUGCGCGUGCGACGCGGGCUGGACUGGCGCGCUGUGCGACGCCGACAUCGACGACUGCGCCUCCGCGCCCUGCCAGCACGCCGCCACGUGCAAGGAUCGCGUCAAUGGUUUUGCGUGCGAAUGUGCAGCGGGAUGGACGGGACCCACCUGUGAUGAAGACGUGGACGAGUGCGCCGAGCCCGGGGCGACGGAGGGCGCGCUGGGCCCGUGCGUGAACGCGGCCGCGUGCAACAACACGGCGGGCGGCUACGCGUGCAGCUGCCUGGCGGGCUGGACGGGCCGCGACUGCGAGACCAACGUGGACGACUGCACGGGCCAGUGCCUGCACGGCGCCACGUGCAUCGACCUCGUGGACGACUUCCACUGCGCCUGCGCCGCGGGCUACGCCGGCCGCACGUGCGCGCGCGACAUCGACGACUGCGCGUCGCGGCCCUGCCGCAACGGCGGCGAGUGCGUCGACCUCCUGGACGCGUACCGAUGCAUCUGCCCUGUUGGCUUCUCUGGCACUGAUUGCGAGGACGACCGGGACCACUGCGCGGAGUCGCCGUGCGCGAACGGCGCCGCGUGCUACACGGCGCAGAGCGACUACUACUGCCACUGCGCGCCCGGCUGGACCGGCAAGAACUGCACGCAGCGCGUCGCCAGGGACCAGGAGAGCCCCACGUGCGCUUGCGUGCGGCCGGGGGCCGCUUGCGUCUGCGCCGACAGUGUAGACGACUGCACCUCUAAUGGCUGCGGCCCCGGCGGCACCUGCGUCGACGCGGGUGGCGUGAGGCGGUGCGCGUGCAGAGCUGGAUGGACUGGGUCUCGCUGCGAAAACGUUCGAUGUUGGAACCAAAGUGAUCGAUGUGGCGGUGGCGCGAUGGGACGCGGCGGCUCGGUGCAUCACGUUCUGCCGACGCAGCUCCUCGUGUCGCCGAUUGACGUACCUGACACGUGCGCCGCGCGCGUUGCGCCCGUGGCCGCGUGCUCGCCCGCCUGCCCGCCGCCCGCCGCCUGCGCGCCCACCGCCGACCGCGGCUCGCGCUGCGUAUGCCCGCCUCCGCCUGCGCGUUCCUCUCGAAGAUGUUUAGAACUGGUAGCGGGCCUGGGCGUGGAAGGUUUCCCGGGCGAGGGCGACGGCGAGGGCGAGGGGGAGGGCGCGGGCGCGGCGGGCGGGCCCGACGCCUGCAGCGCCGCCAACGGCACGUGGUGGUGGGGCUGCAACGCGUGCUGGUGCGCCGGCGGCGCGCCCGCCUGCACGCGGCUGUGGUGCGGUCUGCCGGACUGCCUCGCCGCCAGCGCGCAGCCGUGCCGGACCGACGAGGUAUGCGUCCCGACGGCCCCGUCGCUGUGCCUGCGGCCGCCGUGCACGCCGCUGGGCGAGUGCCGGCGCGUGGCGGGGCGGCGCGUGGAGCCGCCCGCGUUGCCCGCGCCCGCCUCGUGCUGGCCGUCGUCGCGCGCGCCGGGGCGGCUGGGCGCGGCGCCGCGGCGGCCGCCGGACGAGCUGCCGCGCGCGCACUCGCUGUACAAGGCGCAGAACGCGGACGCGCGCAACGACACGCCGCCGCGCGACAAGGAGCUGACGAAGCGCGCGCUGCCGCCGCCCGAGCCGCCGCCCGCGCGCCACCCGCCGCCCGAGCGCCUCACCGUCCUCGUCUAGCGCCGCACUCGAGCUCGUUUCAACACACGACUGCGAAACUGAAAUAACGAUGUUACUCGGGACUUUGAUCGACUUACAAUCAUCGUCGAGACGGUUUAAUAAUUUUAAUAAAUUAAUUUGCUUUACCUACAUGGUAAAAAUCAUCAUACCUAUCUAAGCAAUAAUUAAGUAUUUCUUUAAAUACUUAUUUUAUUCCAAGAUGAAAAUUAUUACAUAAUUACAUGAAGUGAAGUGCUUAAAAAUCACAAUGUUAUUAAAUUGUAGGUUAAGCGAUUGUAACGAUCUGUGUUGCCCGAAGACAGUGCCGUGCCCCGGCGGCGCCUGCGCCGCGUGUGAUACUAGUGCAGUAGGAAGUUACGCGCCAACGGACGCCGCUAUUUAUUCUAUUCUCUAGAACGAUGUGUCCCGUUUUUGUAAAUAUGUAUUUUUGUAAAUAAUGUUAAAGAGUGUAUUUUUGUAUGUUUUAUUGAAAGAUUAUUUUGGGACGUGAUUUUGUACUUUAGUUAUUUGUAAAGGUUGUAAAGUUGAAUAAAAAUGAGAUCGUUUUAAUAAAACGCUGCCAAGCUUA